UCAAAAGUUUCUGUAAAUCUUGCCACCACCAAAAAAUAUGUUAGAGCGACAGUUCACAAAUAAACCAUAUGGUAACAUUAUCUAUGACAGUUUGUUACUGACUUCGCUGUAGUAAGGUUGUCAUUUCGUCCAUCUAUUCAAUAACGUGAUAGAUGAAUGAGAAAUAAUUAACAUUAUUGCAGCGAAGCCAACACAAGUCUCCUUUCCGAAACGAUUGCCGGGGCGCUAUUUAUCGAACGUGUCUGACCGUGGUGAACGCUUUCAAACACCGCCAUCGCCAUGAUCGAUGUGGAAAACAAAGAUGGCGGAAUAAUACGGUGAUCAUAACCAAACGCUCUGAAUUUUUGUAGUUAUGUACAUUAGUGGGCGGAGGUGGCAGCGGUGUCGUGGUGUCUGAGAGUGGGGGAGCUCCAUGGUCCGGCCGGGGUGAUGCCGCCGCGGCCAGCGGCUAUGGCGGCUGAGGAAAACCGUCCCCCACUCGCUCUGUUUACCGCCGUCUACGACUACGUAGCGCAGGGGGAAGACGAGCUCUCCCUUCGCCGGGGGGAGAUCGUCGAGGUCCUGUCUAAAGAUGCGAACAUAUCGGGUGACGAGGGUUGGUGGACGGGAAAGAUUGGAGAUCGUGUGGGAAUAUUUCCCGCGGUAUACGUGACAGAAGAAGACCCGCUGGCCGUCACGUCUGUCAUAGGAGAUGUGGACCCCCCUCGAGUGUCGUUCUCUGAGCUUAAACUCGAGGAGGUGAUCGGCGUCGGCGGUUUUGGUAAAGUGUACCGUGGUUAUUGGAAUGACGAAGUGGUAGCGGUAAAGGCCGCACGCCAGGACGCAAAUGAGGACAUUGAAGUUAUCAAAGACAGUGUGCUGCAAGAAGCAAAGCUGUUUUGGAUGUUGCAGCAUGAAAAUAUAGUGUCGUUAAAAGGUGUUUGUUUGGAAGAGCCUAAUUUGUGUUUGGUGAUGGAGUAUGCUCGUGGUGGCCCACUCAAUAGGGUGCUAUCUGGGCGGAAGAUACGACCUGGGAUUCUCGUCGACUGGGCUAUUCAAGUCGCCCGCGGUAUGGCGUAUCUCCACGUCGAUGCGCCUAUUUCUCUUAUUCAUCGAGACUUGAAGAGUUCAAAUGUUUUGUUAAGUGAGACAAUAUUAACAGACGACAUGUUAGAGAACAAAACUCUGAAGAUUACGGACUUUGGUCUUGCCCGGGAGGUCUACAAAACGACAAGAAUGUCUGCAGCGGGGACUUACGCCUGGAUGCCACCUGAGGUGAUAAAGAACUCGACGUUUUCCCACGCGUCAGACGUCUGGUCAUAUGGGGUUUUACUUUGGGAACUACUCACGGGCGAGACACCUUAUAAGGGCAUCGAUGCGUUAGCGGUCGCUUAUGGGGUCGCCGUCAACAAACUCACGCUGCCCAUACCCAGUACGUGCCCGGAGCCUUGGAGAGUGCUUAUGGAAGCCUGCUGGCAUUCGAACCCUCGAGAACGGCCGUUAUUCCCUGAAAUCCUGGAACAGCUGGAUCGGAUCAGACAAUCAGAAUUCACCCGCGCACCUCACGAAAGUUUUCACACAAUGCAAGAUGGAUGGAGGAUAGAAAUUGAAGAGGUUCUGAGGGAUCUAAGGAGAAAAGAGAAGGAAUGCAAAACUAUAGAAGAGGAGCUUCGAUGUCGCGAAGAAGAACUCACCAGAGCCCAGCUCCAGCAGAGGCUGGUAGAACAGAACCUCGCGCAGAAAGAGAGGGAGUUGGAGAUGAGAGAGAUCGAUCUGGCAGCUCGUGAAUUGCACAUACUAAUAUUCGCUAGUAAUAUGUCGCAACAACCGCCGCAGCCUAACAAACGGAAAGGCAAAUUCAGCAAGAUCCGUCUGCUAAAGAAGGACACGAUCUCCUCGCCCUUGGACUUCCGUCACACGCUGACCGUGAGGCCCAACGACGAAGCCAGCGUGAAGCAGUUAGUCGCGGUCGCCAAGGACACGCCGCCCGGAUCCCCCGCCAUCAUGCGGGCCAUCGCUCUACCCGCGGACGGCGUGAAAGGCAAGACGUGGGGUCCGUCCACCGGACACACGCGCACGCGGACGCAUCUGCCGCUACCCGCCCUCCGCGCCCGUCCCCACCGCCCCUCCGCCUCUACCUCCGCCCCCCACCUCUCGCCCGCUCGCGCCUCGCCCGCCCGGCAUCCCGGUUGUUUUCUUCCUUACACAGACUUCAGUCCGGACGAAUGGGGUCCAGAGUUCCCACUCGGUACGUCGUCGAGGUAUUCGAUACCCAUGCCUACUCUUUAUAGUACUGAAGGUUAUAAGUUCAAAAAGCCGAGUAUAAUCGAGCUGGUGCUAUACAAUAUGGCGGCGUUGUUGGGCGGCGUGGCUGCCGGAUAUGACGUCAGAGUUUCCAACGUCAGCCCACUGCAUCCUACUUUACAGCCACACAGAGCGGAGGAAUCAGACGUGCUAAGUCCGUCAGUGUACGAGGGAUUCGGUUUCGCGCACAACACCUACCACGGACCUACAAGGCACGUCCGAGCACCGCUCAACGCUCUAACGGACCCCAUAUCAAGCCUUCAAGCGGAAGAACAAAAGCCUCUUCGAUUCACGGACUCUCCCACGCAUUACGCGCACCCCUCCUCUUCCUCUGGCUACGGCCAUUCCGCUCAACCGCUCUCCGGCACCUCCGGUCUCGGGACCAACUACACUUCGACCCAACCGACUCCCUCUCCCAGAAGAACCUCCUCCACUUCCGAUCAUUUAGCCGAUUUGUACCAGAACUACCGAGAAAACUUCCAACCUUCCCCUUCCCAAGAGAGACAGGACUUCUUCUACAGACCGGACUAUUACGAUAGAACCGCCGACUACGUGGUCAAACACCCGUACUACGGGUACGACGAGUGCUCCUUCGAGUACCGGGAAUCGACCCCCGACUACCGAUUCACGCAUAGACGGACCCCGUCGAACUCCUCCGCGUCCAAUUCGCACCCGGAAGAAUUCUCCCCCAAAUUCCAAAAGUACCCCAAAGACUAUCGCCCCAAAGGCGAGUAUCCUCGAAAGAACGACUACUCCCUUCCGAGGGAUUUCUAUCGGGAGGAAGCCGAGAGACCGGCGAAUCUGGGGCUAGAAUUGGCACCCACCAAGUUACGGUCCAGUCUGAAAAAAUACAAGAAGUCGUCGGCGUCCGGGGGCAGCUCCGGGGGAGGGACCCCCACCAACCCCACCCCGCCGGAUAGCUUAACCAGCGAAACGGACAGCUCCUACGUUUCGGCGAGGGACGUCUCCAUCGGGUCGCAGUCCAGAGUCAGAUUCAGUCCCGAAGCGUUGGAAGAAGGAGUGGUUCGUCGCGGCUCUCGGCACUCGUAGCGAAGGCUCACGAAGUUCGACGAUUACCUCGUGUGAUACACGAUCGCACGGCGCGUCGGACGACGUUUCGGCCUCGCUUUAGAGGGUGUCUCGGAGAUAUCUCUCUUUCUCUCUCUCUACUCGCAUACGGUUUGUGCUUUCCACGUUUUUGACUCGUUUGGUGGACCCUGUGCUAAUAUUGAACGUUGUUCAUGGCUUUUUGCCACGAUAUUUGAAGUGUAAUCUCUUAGAUUAAUUUUUAUAUAACGACGUGAUUAGGUAUCAGAAAUGGCUGACGGACGAACUGAUAUUUAAGAAUUUGAUUGUCGUCAAUGUUCCGAUUUUCGAGAAAAUAUUUUACAAAAAAACUAAGCGUAGAAAAGUUUAAUAAGAAAAUGAUAUCGGUCACGCUUUUAUUAGUUCACAAUAAAAUAUGUUUUACACACGCACUCACUAAAUGCCAUUAAAAUUGGGAUUCGUUACACUCGCUCACCGCGAUUGUAUACUUUAAGAUGUGUAUUAAACUCUCGUUAAAUGUAUAAUUUGUGUUUUAGUGAAACAAUUAUGUUGACAAUGAAAUGAAUGUAUAUGAGAUUAUAAGUUUAGGAUUUGGCGGCUGAACGGUCUUUGAGAUUUUAAGAUAAAUGAUUUAUAUGCAAACUUAUAUUGACAUGCUGAAAAGCUGUUUUGAGUCAUUGAUUUUUCAAAACAAACGGAGAAAAAUAUGUUUUAUCGUCAGAGUUGUGAAGCAGAGUUGAAAUAAUGAAAUCUGCCUUUCAAACCCUUUUAGCGUGUCAUUUAUUUAAAGACGGUCGCCUCGUACUCGAAUAUUUGUCAGGCACACGUGUACAGUGUAAAUACGCAAUGUACAAGCUUCAUUUAUUUAACUGGCAUUUAAGAUUUCUUAAUAAAUAGUACAAAUAUGUUAAGGUAUGUAGAACUAUAUUCGUGUGUAUAUUUAAAACUAUAUCGCAUUUUGUACAAAGUAUUGAUAUUUUUUACUGAAAUAUCGUUUGGCUGGAGCCGUAGAUACUAGAGUGAUGUCAUUUCAUUGAAUUAAAAAAAUGUGUAAAUUUUCUAAUGAAUUUGUAUGUUUAUGAUAAGCGACAAUGUUCAGAUAAUUUUUGGCGUAUAUCCGUGCCUUCAAUGUGGAAUGAGCUUCUCACUCCGGUGGCUAUGGCACGAUCGGCCACUCUGCGUAGUCUUAGUGGCUUUUGUAUUCAAGUUAUAUUUAGGUGGAAAUCGAAGUUACUAGUCGGCGUCAUCAUAAAAGAUGCAUUUUGUUGAAACGUGUUAUUUUAUUCAGAUUCAUAUAAUUAAAAUUGUUUGUUUUUACCAGAUCGCUUUUUCCUUCAUGUGAGAAGAGACUUGGCGCUAAGAAUGUUUCCCCUACGCUUUGGAUUAAACAAACGAAUUUACUGUAUAUUUAAUUACGUAAAUAAGUAAUAACAAAAUAACACGUUUCUAAUAGUUUCAUUGUGACAAUACGUUGAUAUUAAAGUCGAUAUUAGGUACGCAUUUUGUACUGUUAAUGUUGGAUUUGACGAGUUACGAGUUGUGAUCGACCGAAGUCGCUAAUAUUGAGCGAAAGAGAUAUUUUUAUGAUCGAGGAAUUUGAAAACUUGCGUCGACUACCGAUCGCUUACAUUGUUCACUAGCGUAAUUAAAUGUAAGGUGUAUAUCAAAAGUAAUAUAAAAAUUAGCUUUGAUAUGAUUAGCGAAACCAGUGCCUCAUGUUUGCUGGCGAAGUGUGGAAGGUCAGGAAUUGGCAUUUUCAUUAUUAUAUUUUGUAUUAUGACAGACUUUAUGCAAUGUGAUUUAAAUAUCGCGGUUUUAUUUGUGCAAUAUGCGGGAAUUUUUUGCGUCCAUUAUUUUUAUUUAUAACGUCGUGAAACAGUAUUGGAUACAGUAUUUCAAUCAAGAAAUUAUUUAUAUGUAUAUAUUUUGAUCAUUAAGUAGCGCGUAAUUUGAGCUUGUCUGUGCCAAUAUUGCGCUUUGAAUUAUUUAUUUAGUACAAACCAAAACCUAACCAAAUUAUGUUAAGAAUCUCUCGUAUUAUAAGUUUCAGAUUAGUCACAAAUUGUUUUCUCGAGUCAACGUAACGAAACUGUAAAUAUUCACGGCGCAAUUACUUAAAACGUCUAGUCUUACUUUUAUUUGAGUUUUGUUUGGUUACAACGGUUUUGCGCUCUUUGCCUGUCAUUGAAGACGUUCCAUUUUUCUUAUCUAAUGGAAUAUAAUAAUCUGAAUUUCUAGCAAAGAUCUAUUCAGAAGAUGCUAAAUUCUUACUUUAAUCAUAGAAACUGUCUUCUCUGUAAGAGUGCAAAUCCGGGCAUUCCAUUAUUUUGAACUAAACAUUCCAUGGUGGGGUGAUAUCGAGCUCGUAGUGAGCGAAAGUAUUGAAGGUUCUGUGUGCCAAUGUAUUGGGAGAAUGCCUUACGUCUGUACGUUAAACCGACAAAUAAAAUAGAUUAAGCUUUUUA